CUGAGCCCCAGGAAUGGCAGACUUUGGGAUAGAGUACAGAGGAAUAGAGGCAUCAGGAAAGAGCUCACAAACCACUUGUGCAGAGCUGCUGCUAUCAAACUGAUGAAGACAGAAACUUGUGAGAGAAAACUGCCCAGAAAGUUCCUAUUAAGGAAAAGAGUGAGGCUUUGUUUGCAUGUCAUGGCUCACCUAUCCCACAAAUCCUGAAGGUGCUGUAAAAACUGAAAACUGUGAAAGGGAUCCUCAGGUGUACCCAUGGAAAAGACAGAUGACCAGAACUGCCAGGAUAGACAUGAAGAGGACAACCCAAAGAGUUCCCCGUUUGACUUUGUUAUGAAACAGUUCCAAGGAAAGAAGUGUGCUCCUGAAAAAAGCAAAGAGAAGCCUUCAGCCAUAAAACAAUUCUUCAAAGGCUUUGACUUUGGGAAAUCUGAAGACAAGGACAGAAGGGAAAUUGAAGAAACAGAAGUAAACAAUGCUGAAGCUGAUGAUCAGAGUGAAAAGCAAGAUCGCUCUGUAGAAGAUGGACUUUCACAUCUCCCUUCUGAAGCAGAGUCACCAUCUGGUGAGCAGAGAUUUAACCAGUUCAUGGAGAAACUGGGAAAGAAACCCAACAGCAAGAAUCUGGAUCUAAAUAAUUGUGCACUAAGUGCAGCAGAUAUAACAGAGCUGGCUUCCUUAUUGCCGUUUCUCCCAGAGCUGGAAGAGAUCAGCCUGUCCUGGAAUGGUUGUGUUGGAGGGACUUUGAAAGCUCUCACUGUCCAUCUUCAUCAUGUGAACCUGUUAAAAGUCCUCCGACUUAACAACUGCAGGCUGACAGCUGAGGAUGUCAUCUCCUUAGGAGAGGCAUUUGAAAUUGUUUCUCAGCUUGAAGAACUGGAUUUAUCAUGGAACAGUAACAUAGGUGGAAAACUAUCACUGCUGACAAAAAAACUUCAGGAAGGAUGCAAAUUAAAAUGUCUGAAAAUUACGGACUGUAGCCUGACGGCAAAGGAUGGAGAAUCCCUUGCUGAAAUUCUAAAUGUGAUCCCAAACCUUGAAGUAUUAGAUGUCUCUAUCAACAAAAACAUUGGCUGCAGCAUGAAGGUUAUUGCUCAGGAUCUGAAAAAUGUGCCGGGCUUGAAAGAGUUAAACUUGCACAUGUGUGGAUUAAAGCAAGACAGCCUCCAGGGCUUAGACACUGCUUUACAGCACCUUGCAGAGCUAAGGAAAUUAGAUAUCUCGUGUAACAGAGAGAUUGGUGGUGGCUUUAAAACCUCAACAGCUCAUUUGGCCAGCUUGAAAAAUCUGGAAGUCCUUGAUCUUCACCAGUGCUGUAUCACAGAAGAGGACAUGACUGUUUUGUCCCAGGUGAUACCUUUACUCUCCAGUCUUCAAGAGCUGAAUUUAUCCUCAAAUAAAAAUGUGGGACUCUCAUCAGAUCCUCUUCUGGGCAGGCUCAGGUUUUUACCAAAGCUGAGAUCUGUGACCAUCAGCAAUUGUGGCUUGGAUGAAGAGUCCCUUUCAUCACUAGCUGAGGCUGCCCUUCACCUUCCUGAACUGGAGAUAUUAGACCUUUCUUGGAAUAAGUGCGUUGGUGGGAACCUAAAGCUGCUUUUGGGAGCACUAAAGCUUGCAACUGAGAUUCAGGUGUUAAGACUGAGCAGCUGUAACCUGGUGGCUGAAGAUUUGGCACUUCUAACAUCCCUGAGGCAAGAUGGCCAUUUAGCCAGAUUGCAGAAGCUGGAUUUGAGUUAUAACAACAACAUCUCUGAUGAAGGCUGGGCUGUCUUCUGCCAAGGUUUAGGAGCAUUCAAGGAACUCUCGGAGCUGGAUGUGAGCCUCCGGCCGUCGUCCUGCCGGGACUGCGGGCUGUGGUUCAGGGAGUUGUUGGCAGCACUGACACAGCUUCCAGCCUUGGCAGAGCUGGGCAUGCAAAGAUGGGCCCUUUCAGAGUCCCAGAGGAAGCAAAUGGAAGGCUUUAAUCAAGACAACAGAAGAAACAUUCGUUUUGACUGUUGAUGAAGGUUGGAGGUGUCUGGAAGGCCUUUUGGGAGCAGCACAUGAACCAAGCAUUUUGUGUCUCAGACUGCAGUUUUUAAUAAUCUCUUGAAAUAGUUCCACAAUUAUAGAAAACUGUUAUUUGACCUUCUGCACCAUAGAUCAUUCCAUUUAAUAAUGUUCUUUCAGAUUCUCUGGGCCAUGCUUACACUACUUCAUGUUGUGAAUACUACCAAGGCCACUGCCCACAGAGCAAUGCUGGGGUCAGAGGGACAUGCUGCAGGUUUGGCCAUGGAGGG